GCUUCUGAUACAUCUUCUAACCAACACGUAGCUCCAAGAAGAGUGAAAGUGAAACUGAACUAAACCUUUGACUCUUCAGGUAACUGAAUUUGUGUUUAUAGCAACGGCGGGAGAGGUUGGAAAAAAACGCGCGUUAGCUGCGAUGUUUGCAAGGCUUCGUGUCUGCGGCUGUAAUGGAGACCGACUCCUGGGAGGGAAGCAGGACGGUGGUUGUUUCCGGGGUGCCCGACGUGUUACCCGUAAGCAGGAUGAAUGACAAGCUGACUAUUCAUUUCCAAAGCUGCAGGAGGAGUGGAGGAGGAGACGUCCAGGUGGUCAAAUAUCCCACCAGCAUGGACCGAGUCGCUUUUGUCACUUUUGACAAAAUUGAAGAUGCAGAGAGGGUCGUGCGAAAAGAGCAACAGAUCAUGACGGACAAUGAGUUUCCUGAAGACUUCCUUCUUACAGUGUUUCCCUUCACUAGAGAUGUGUUUUUAUACGUCCCCAGCGCUAUGGUUGACCUCUCCGUAUUCGGCAGAGAUCAAUCGUCGCUGAUUCAGAGUCUGCGUUUAGCUCAUAGGUCGCUACGUUUCCGGCCUUUCCAUCAGCAGAUGAAAGCCAACAUUGAAGGGCCUUUCGCUGCCGUCCAGGCCCUGAGACAGGACCUCAUCUGCAGGGCCAGACGGCUUAAAUCCACAGUCUCAGCCCAAACUGCUGCCGCCAAACUAAAAGAAACUCCUCCUAAUCCGAGGGUAAUAUCUCAUCAGGAGUUUGUCGGCUCUGUAAGCUGCAGCGGUCCUAAAGCUAAGCUGGGACCAGCAAGCUCAAACUGCUUAUCAACGCCGCUGCAGACCACAGGUGAGGCGACUGAAGUCCAAAGCCUGCUCUCCAAUGCAAAAACUCAAAACGUUUCCUCAAGGCAAAAACGUUUCCCUUGAGAGUUUGGCUGUCGGGAGCUUUUGCGAAAGUGAUAAAGAGGAGAGAAGACAUCGGUCCAAUUUCGAAAUGCCCUCAGAAUAUAGGACCGAGAGAACAAAGGCCAACCCCAGACAAAUGCUCAAAACAGGGGGUAGAUCUUUCUUAUCAGGCCAGGACCUGCUCCUAGCAGAGGAAAUAUCAGCAAAACAGCCAGGCGAAGACGACAUUUCAGAAAAACACCGCAGCCUAGACAGGAUUUCAGCAACCAAGAUCAGAAAGAAUCACACAGGCUCCUGCUACAGCAGUACUGACUAUCUGAAGGGAUCAGAUCAGAGCAGCUCCACCUUCUUCACUGCUAAGAUCCUCCAGACCAGACUUACAAAUGUCUCACCGUCCUCCAAGAGCGAUACUGAGGAGAGCUGUCUGCAAUGUGUCCAGAGGAUCAGGAGGAUACGUGCAGGAUACGGUCGUUUGACAGAUACUUGAGAGGUCUUGAUGUGUCCGUUGAGUGUGAAGGUAGCGACCUCAAGCGGAUAGUGUUGACUGAGAGGCAAACCACCAAGACGGCCUCAAGAGUCCAGCAGGCGUCGGAGGACCUCCAGAGUUUGGUGGAGUUUUGGCCUGUCAGUUUUAGGAGUUCAACAGAUCAACUACGCUGAGGAGGAGCGGCCUGAGGAACAGAAACUGAAUCAAGCCUGCGAUGAUGUGAAUUUCCUGAACUCUAACGUGCUGUACAUGUUGGAGGAUUCUCGCAUAUAAGAGUCACCGGUCCUUCGGUAUCGAGUCACCUGUUAUGUAAGAGGGUGGAGGAUAGAAUGGCUAAACACAAAGAGAGAAUAUCAUAGAUCAGGGGUGUCAAACUCAACUUCACUAAGGGCCACACUGGAAAAUAAGAAUCACAUCAAGGGCCAGACAUGU